AGGUCAUAAUAGUCUUUUCGUAAAGCUGAUGGAUUCAUAAAGGGGCUCUAUUGCCAGACCUUUCCUCUUCACUUCAAUCGAUCUCUCCUUCGAUUUUCCGGCGCCUACCGUCAAUCGCCGCCGUGUUAAUCGCUCCGCCGCUUUCACUUUGUGGCUGAAAUUCCGUGAAGGCAGUAGACGACGCCCAAAAAUGGUACUUGAUAAACCCCAAUUCGAUCCAAAGGGACUUCCUUCUCCUCCUCUUCACCAGAGUGAUGCAGACGAAGACGACGACAAUGUGAAACAACUCAAAGACUGUUCUUCUCUCUACUUGGCAUUACAGGAUUGUCUUGUAAACACAAAUAGGAAUUGGAAAUCUUGCCAACCAGAAGUUCAAGCGUUGAAAUCAUGUAAUGAGAAGAAGAAGAAAGACAGAGGCAAGUGAAGGCAGAGAGUUGAGAAUAAAUUUAGCUGGAAGAUAUACGUUAGGAAUAUACAUAUGAUUGACUCAUUUGAGAUCAUUCUUUUAACAUAUUAUGCUUCAAAGAGUUUAUGGUCAUUUCCUUAAUGAGCAAAUGAGCUCUAAAGGAGAAAAUAAUGGAACAUGUCAAAUUUGCAUUUGAUAAUGUUUAAUGCAACUUAAUCAAUGUUUUGGGGCGAAAAACUAUAGAAGGAAGUGUUUAUUCUGUAUUCUAAGCUUUUAAUGGCUGAAAUGGGUAUGUGUUCUUUGAGUUUUAA